ACUCAGUGCAGCCUCAUCUCGGAGAACGCCAUUGAGAAAGAGUGAGUGAAAGAGAGAGAGAGCGAGCUAGAGAGAAAUAGAGCAGAUCAGAGGAAGAGAAAGGAAAGAGACAGAGCGACAUACUCUAUGAAAAAAAGUGUCCAUAAUUCGUCACCCUUUCUUUCUCAAUUUCCAUCACAAACCCUACCGGUGCUUGGAUGAACCAAAACCUAUCGAUCAGUCAGUGCUACACCUGGAUCUCCUGACCAGCUCCGAGCAGGCAUGUCCCGAAGGAAGCAGAGCAACCCCAGGCAAAUUAAACGUCCCCUAGAGGAUGGCGCCCUGGGGGAAGAGGAGGAGUGUGUGUCGGAGGAGAACGAACUCAUGGCCAAAGAUGAGUUCUCCACAGAGGAUUUCUCAGCAGAGUUUGAGUCAGAGAACAUGAGCUGUGAGGACAUUGAGUAUUACUGCAACAAAGGUGAAGAAGAUGGCAAUGGAGAAGCAGGGGAGUCAGACAUGGAUGGGCAGAGUGAGUCCAGACACCCAGCUAUAGGACCAGAGGAUUGGGAUGGACCAAGAGAGCUGGAUGCGUUCCACAAGGAUGGGGAGCGUCGGAUCCACAGCCGCCAGCAGCUCCCUGUGGGAACCACGUGGGGACCUUUCAACGGGAAGAUCGAGAUGAACAUGGAUGGCAGCGGCAUGAAGAUGAAGAGCUGUGUACCGGUGGUGCUCGGCGCGGGCCCCAGGUGGCUGCUGGAUGUGACUUGGCAAGGAGCAGAAGACAACAAAAAUAACUGUGUGGUGUACAGCAAAGGUGGCCAGCUGUGGUGUACCACCACUAAGAACAUCAUGGGGGGCGAGGAGCUAGUGGCGUUCGCCGUGGACUUUGACUCCCGUCUACAGGCCAUCAACCACAUGUCUCUGAGCGAGGGGAUGUACCCGGCUAGACUGCUGGACACCAUCCAGCUCCUGCCUCAGCAGGCCGCCAUGGCCUCCAUUCUGCCCACCGCCAUCGUCAACAAGGACAUCUUCCCAUGUAAGGCGUGUGGGAUCUGGUACCGCAGUGAGAGGAACCUGCAGGCCCACCUGAUGUACUACUGCAGUGGCAGGCAGAGGGAGCCAGAGAGCCAAGGGGAGGAGAACGACAACGGACCCCACCAGACACCCAGCAUCUGCCCCUUCCCACAGUGCAACAAGAGCUUCACCAGCGCCAGGGCCCUGGAAAUGCACCUGAGCACGCACAGCGGUGUCAAAAUGGAAGAGACGCUCCCCCCUGGCACCAGCUUGAAAUGCACAAUCUGUAACUACACGGCGGAUUCUCUUAUUACAUUCCAACAUCACAUCCUCUCUCACCUGUCACAGGCCGCCUUCAGAUGCAAUCACUGCCAUAUCAGCUUUCAGAACCACAGGGAACUCUUGCAGCAUCAGGACUUACACAGCCACCAUGGCCACGGUGGUGGCAGCAAACUUCACAGGGAGAGCGACAGCGAGCACUCCCCCAGGGGGGCGGAGGAAGCCCUGCAGCAGGCGGCGGCCCGCGUCGAGCUGGCCAACCGGAAGGAAGCCCUCCAGAGUCCCAAAGGAUCCCUCAGCAAGGACGCCACCAUCGACAGCGAGCUGGAGAAGGCUGAGAAAAAGCCCAUGCUGUCAGGGUUGAAGGGGGAUGGUGGCCAUCCGGGCAGUAAGGCCAGCUUCUCCUACACCCGGAUCAAGUCUGAGCCCUCCAGCCCCCGCUUGGCCUCCUCUCCUGUUCAGCAUAACAUGGGCCCCACCUACCCCAUGGGGCCCUUCCUGUCCCAGUUCGCUUUCUCCCAGGACAUUUCUGUCGUCCCGCAGGCUUCUGAGAUUCUGGCUAAAAUGUCAGAGCUGGUGCACCGGAGGCUACGUCACGGAGGGAACACAGUCUACCCUCCGGUGAUCUACAGCCCCCUCAUCCCCAAAGGGGCCACGUGUUUCGAAUGCAAUAUCACCUUCAACAACCUGGAAAACUACCUGGUCCACAAAAAGCACUACUGUAACAGUCGUUGGCAGCACAUGACCAAGUCGCCUGACUUCUCCAGCAUCUCAGACAAGGCCGUGAGCCCCAACAGUGGCCACAGCUCAGUCAGUAUGCUCACCGGAUGCCACCCGUCUGAGGUCACCGACAGCCACCUGAUGCAGUCGGCCUGUUUGUCAGUCAACUCUCAGAGUGUUCUGGACAUGAUCAAUGCAGGAGGGGCAGUGAAAGGCCCUGGCCCAGAGAAGGAGCUCCCGGGGCAGGUGAAGAAGGUCUCCACCACCCCGACCGGGAUGGAGGAGAGGCUGAACGGGAAGCAGCAGGCAGUGGAGGGGAAGAGCCCUACCAACACGCCUCUGGUGGAGACUGACGUCAACGACCCCAACCAGACUUCCUGUGCGGCCUGCAAUAUCACCUUUAGCCGCCACGAGACCUACAUGGUCCACAAGCAGUACUAUUGUGCUACGCGUCACGACCCCCCGAUGAAACGCAUGUCCGCCAACAAGGUUCCGUCCAUGCAGAGGACCAUGAGGACCCGCAAGCGUAGGAAGAUGUACGAGAUGUGUCUCCCAGACCAGGACCCGAGAGGACCCUCCAUUGGGCAGCCAGGGUUCCUGGGGGUCCCUCCUAUGGCGAACCCCUGUACGUCCCAGGAGGCGGUGGAGAGCCUGGCCGACCGCUUUCACCCUCGCUGUGACGUCUUCCCAGGGAUGGUCCCCAAACACCUGGAGGCUUCCCUCACCGUCACCAAGUCUAUCAUGGCCCCCAACAGUAAUGCCACUAUGGACCAGCAGGAGCUGGACGCACCCAUCGAUCUCAGCAAAAAGUGCUUGCCGAUCCCCAAUGACAAGACAUCGCCAAACUCCCCCAAAAGACUGUUAGACUAUCACGAAUGUACAGUGUGCAAGAUCAGUUUUAACAAAGUGGAGAACUACCUUGCGCAUAAACAGAACUUUUGCCCUGUGACAACAGCCACAGCCUCCCAGCAGCACGGUGGUGAGACCAUGUUCCCAGACGUGGUGAAGAGUGAAGGCAGUAAUCCUGAUGACGCCUACAAUAAGAGCCCAUGUGAGAAGAACGGCAAUGAUAAAAUAAUUGUGCAGAAUGGGGGUGGAAUGUUCCCCCCUCACAUGGGCGCAGUGCCGGGUCUCAAGCCCUUCAGCGAGGCUCAGCUCAUCCCGACUAAAGACCAGAACAUGUUUCUGCCCCACUGCCUUUAUCCCGGCGCAAUAAAGAAGAUGAAAGGUGCCGAGCAAAUAUCGCCCUACUUCGGGAUAAAGCCGACCGAUUACGUGGCCGCGGUGGUCAUGCAGGGCGAGAGAGAGGUGAGCAGCGAGCAGGAGCAGAGCACUAAUGGAGGGGGACCAGAGACGGGGAGAGAGCAGCCUGCUGCCAACGGCUGCCCACUCCCCAGCAAAGAGCCACUGCCCCUGCUGCCCAAAAACAGGGGCAUGGUGAUAGUCAACGGCGGUCACAAGCCAGAGGAGCGCUCGGGAUCGGGGCCCGUCCCACCCAACCAGGAUAACCAAUCCCACAAUCCCCAGCAGCAAGACGGCCACCCCUCACCCACGUGGGGUGCUGAGAACCCGUCCGACUCCAACGAGAACGUGUCGCCCGCGUCCAAGUCUCCGACCGAGGAGACGGUGGCCACGGUGACAAAGGGUUUGAAUGGGUCGUCCCAGGCUCCGGGCAGCGGGAAGUACUGCCGCCUCUGUGACAUCCAAUUCAACAACCUAUCAAACUUUAUUACCCAUAAAAAGUUUUACUGCUCGUCACAUGCUGCGGAGCACGUGAAAUGAACUAGUUCCUGUUUAUUUUCUGCUCGUCACAUGCUGCGGAGCACGUGAAAUGAACUAGUUCCUGUUUAUUUUCUGCUCGUCACAUGCUGCGGAGCACGUGAAAUGAACUAGUUCCUGUUUAUUUUCUGCUCGUCACAUGCUGCGGAGCACAUGAAAUGAACUAGUUCCUGUUUAUUUUCUGCUCGUCACAUGCUGCGGAGCACGUGAAAUGAACUAGUUCCUGUUUAGUUUUCCUGUCCCUUCCCACUCCCCUGUUUUCUGUUUGGGUACACUGUCGUGUCUGGAAUAAUGCAUCACUCACGCAGUUCUAAACGCUGCUUGUGGACAAUCAAGAGAGGCUUCUUCUUUCAUCAUUUUAACACCUCAUUGCAAAUCAUUGGUUAAAAAAAGAAAAAAUGAAUCCAGAGUUGGUGCCACUUUCACAUGUAUUUAUUUUACAAUCAGUAUUAAUAGUAGUGAUCUUAAUUUAAAAUUCAAAUGAAAUUUAUAUCAGAGUUGUUUGUAAUGUUAUUGUAUAGUCAUUCUUGUGUAGCACACAUUGUUUACACUGUAAUGUAGGCUCAAUGAAACGAUAGAAUACAAAUGAGAUGCAUUUUAGACACAAAAUAGCUACGGAAGCACUUGUCUAUUCUUAUUUGCUGUAACAGUUUUUGUAUAUGCCUAAAUGUCAUUUGCAGCUUUGCUAUUCAUGACUGGGAUUCUUGGCCUUAACCCUUUGGUGGGAUAGCCAGGUACAAUCCAGCUGCAUCUUCUGUUUUGGCAUACACUUGGCUUAGCAUACGUAUGUGGCUGUGUCCCUGUCUCUUUUCUUCAACUCAGACGUGGAUGUUUUCAGGAGGAUGGCAACAUUCUUGUACAGUACUCAUAUUUCUGUUUGCUGAACUACACUUUGGUCUCCCUUUUUAACUUUUGCUCUCGAUGCAAUACUUUGUAAAUGAGGGAACAUUACUGAAAGCAGUAUUAUGAGAGGGGGACUGCAUUAUAUUAUUUGGAGAAGAAAAUUGUACAAGAAUUACAUUUAUUGCUGUUGAUGGUGGUUGGUUGACGGGGGAUACGGAUGUAAAAUAAUCAUUCCAAUGUCCUAAUUAUGGGAGAGAAAAAAAGUUUCUUAAAAAACAUUGUUGCUAUGCAUGUAUAUGGAUGGAAUAAAAUUCCAGAACUGUUGGAAAUAAUUUUUAUUUUGAUGUGGUGUCAUAAUUAAACUUAAAUCCUCA